AUAAGGAUUAUAAUAAGGAAACUUUAUCAACCACUGCGUGAUAUCCGAUCCUGUCGAGCUGAAAUCCAAAUCUUUAAACCAGUCUUUAAUUGGUUUUGAUAAAAUCUGAAAUUUAAAUCGUUAUCUGUUCAAACCAUAUUCAUGAACGGAGUACGUAGUUUAAUGCGAUCAUGCAUGACUCUUUUCAUGGAUUGUAAACAAACAAGGCGGAUUGCGUAGUACACAUGUGUACCAUUUACAACACAUAAACCUUAAGGGAUAUUUAUCAGGCUAGACGGAAAAAAAUAUAUGAAAAUAUAUGAUAAAAGGAUGGAAUAUUUGAUCAAAAGUUUCAGCCAUAUUGCCUACGGCUAAAGAAGAAAGUGCACAUGUUAACGAGAGGUUUACUUAAUGUGUUUAACACGGAAGAAAAUGAAUUAUUAGAUGAUUCAUGAUGUAAAUUGUAAUCAAUUGUCGUGUUUUAAGAAGAGAAAACACCUAAAUUUGGCAAAUUUUAGGAUUUGUCUUAAUAUAUAAAGCAACAGUAGAAAGAAAUAAUGUAUACAAAUGAGAAAGAAAGUUUAGUUGAUAUAAAUGCAGACUUGCUUUCGGAUGAGUGUUCGGCAGAUACGGAUAGCUUUGACGAGGGAACUAAAUCUUCAGCAUUCCCGAAACAGCACGAGACUUCCAUUCUAUUAGCAAUACAAGCAGCUGUUUCUCAGGAAGACCAUCUAUCUAGCUAUUUAUCACAUGUCCUUGUAGUUUUUCGAAACUCCUCUUCCGCUGUUGUAUGUAGGACUUUGUUGACAGUUGUAGCAAUAUUCAUUUUCAUCAUUGGAGUUGUUAGAUUUCACGAGUGUCCAUACGAACAAGAACUGCCAUUAUUUCUGGUGCUAGAAGGUGUUGCUGUUAUACUUAAGACAUUUGUUAACGUAAUAAACACGUGCAACCGACGUUCACACGAGGAAAAUGAAAGGAAUACCCUCGACACGUGUACAGAUAUAUUGUCAAUAUUCCUAGUUUUCUGGACUUUAACAGGUUCGGUAUGGACGUUUGGAAUUUACAGUCACGUGAAAGAAGAAGCAGAUGACGAAGGGACACGGGACUGCAGUAAAUUAGUGUACACGUGUUCGCUGUGGUUUUUAAUUUCCGUCUAUAGCUGUUUUACAGUGUUUUUGUUAUUUCUUGCCAUAUUAAGUUUAUAUUACUACAAUAAGUCAACUGAUACCAAAAAACAAUUACCAUACGAGAUACGAGUAGAGAGAUAGCAACGGUGUACGAGUCGGCCAUGUUUUACUGUUGUUUGUUUAUAUGAAAUAUUUGUAUAAAUUUUUAGAAAGA